AUGUUUGAAGGCCCCUGGCUAUAUCACGGACACUACAUAGCUGUUCAGAGAUGGAGUCCGAAUUUCAAUCCGUAUUGUAACAAGGUGAGAAAGGUAGCCAUUUGGGUCAGAGUACCUAUGCUGCCAAUGCACUGCUACUCCGAGGAGUGUAUGUGGGAACUAGGAAACUUGAUAGGCAAAGCUCUCAAAGUCGAUAUGAAUACACUAGCCCAGUCGAUUAAUAAUGGGAAUCACACUGUGGAGCGUGGCAAGUUCGCUAGAGUCAGUGUGGAGGUGGAUUUGAAUAAGAAGCUACAAGCCAGAUUUGUUCUCAGGCGAACAAUUUAUACUGUGGAAUACGAAGGCCUUGAUGCGAUUUGUUUUAAAUGUGGGGUAUAUGGUCACAAGCAGGAUCACUGUUCUUUAAACACAGAGAAAAGGGAAGAAACGCCGGAGCAGAGUGCUAUGCCCAUGGACGGCGAUCACCAUGACAGCCACCGGAAAGGAAAGCAUACGUUGUUCAGCGUGCCAGGCGUUACUCCUGAUGAACCGUACGGGGACUGGAUGAAAGCGACAAAAAUUUUUAAACGGCGGCCAUCAAAAACGGAAGGGGAGAAGCAGACUCAAGGUAAAGCAAGUGCUGGCAGCAGACCUAUGGCAAGAGAUCAGAAAGCUACACCUGGAACUAGAUUUGACGUCCUGCAAGACAUGGAUAAUCUGGUCAAGUCAGCCGAAUCAGAGGCGGGAAGCAAGAACAAGGAAACUGUGAAAGAAUGGAGGAGGAAAGAAAGCACAGCUGAUACACAAAAAAGGAAUGCAACCGCAAGGGAGAAAAAGAAGGUGAGAGAGGAGCGCUCCUCGGUUGGUGGGCACAAGAUGGCAGAGAAGAAAAUGCAGGAGGCAGUGACGUCGAAUGUGAAGAGAGGGAAAGAGACGGAAGAGGGAAAUAUAGAGAGGGCUAGGGUCGGUCAGGAGGUAAGGAAGGAAGGAAGGGAGGAUUUGGGCUUUGUUUCAGGGCCUUUUGCGGAUGGGCCAAGCAGUGGUUGUAGUGAGAAAAAUAAAAAGAGAGUGGAGUCCAAAAAGAGGAAUCAGGCUACUAGGCCCAAAAUCACCUCACCAAUCCUUAAACGUAAGGCUGCAACCAGAAUACACCAAGUGAUUGCUGGGUCUUUAUUAAAAUCUGGCCCACUGAAUUUUAACCAAGAAACCGUGAGGAGCUCCAAUAGUCAAGCUCCGAUGGAAGCUAAGAUGAUACAUGGAGAUUUGCGUAACCCACCGGAAAAGCCGCCGGAUAUAGCAACAACUUCAAUCCAUGAGGAACAAGGAAAAGAUGCUACAGAUGUUAAUGACUAUUGGUAUGAAACCCAAGACGAGGUCAAAGAGGUUGAGGAGCUGGAAGAGAAGGUGGCAAAUGGAGGACCGAUGCUUUGA